AUGGCGACCGUCCUUACAAGGGAGAAAAAGGCUUCGGCCCCCGAGGUCCAGAUCACCAGCAAGUCCGAGCCGUCGACGUCCAAGACGUCCCUCGACGAGAUCCCCAGCUUGGGUGUUCCAAUCGAGGAAAGACGUUUCUGGUGGCAGCGUGCGAAGGCUUAUGAUCCUGAUGCCAUUGCAACCCAGCCUAGCGUUUUUGAUGACCCUGAUACGGCCGCAAAAUACCAGCCUAGAUCCGACUGGGAGAAUCUCCAUCGUUUCAACCCCCUCGCAAGAUGGACCUGGGGAGAAGAGCACAAGUUGAUUCAUAAGAUCGACUUCCGCAUUAUGGUCUGGGCCUGUAUCAUGUUCAUGGCUCUAGAACUCGAUCGAGCAAACAUUUCCCAAGCACUGACAGAUAACUUCUUGCCUGAGUUGAAGCUCAACACGAAUGACUACAAUCUUGGAAACACCGUAUUCAAACUGUCUUUCCUCUGCGCUGAGCUGCCAUCUCAAUUGGUGUCGAAAUGGGUUGGCCCUGAUCGUUGGAUUCCCGCCCAGUUGAUCCUUUGGAGUAUCGUCGCUAGUUCGCAGUUCUGGUUGUCUGGCCGGACAUCGUUCCUCGUCUGUCGUUCACUUCUUGGCAUACUUCAAGGUGGCUUCAUUCCUGACGUCAUUCUGUAUCUGUCUUACUUCUAUAAGCAUCACGAGCUGUCUCUCCGCCUUGGCUUUUUCUGGACAGCCAUGAGCAUCGCGGAUAUCCUUUCUGCCCUGCUUGCCUAUGGUCUGUUGCACAUGCGUGGCGUACACUCGUACUCUGGCUGGCGCUGGCUAUUCCUGAUUGAGGGUCUCAUCACCCUCGUUGUCGGUGUCGUGAGUUUCCUGCUCAUGCCUGCUGGCCCGUGCCAGACUGCAAGUUGGUUCAGAGGAAAGAAUGGCUGGUUCAAUGAGAGAGAAGAGACCAUCAUUGUCAACAGAGUCCUGCGAGAGGAUCCUAGCAAGGCCAGCAUGCACAACCGGCAGCCUGUUACGCCGCGACUACUCUGGCAAAGUCUUAAGGACUAUGACCUCUGGCCCUUGUACUUCCUCGGCCUCAGUUUCCAGAUUCCCAUGACUCCCCCAACACAGUACCUGACAUUGUCACUCAAGGGACUUGGCUUCGACACUUUCCAGACCAAUCUGUUAACGAUUCCGUACACGGCUAUACAUAUCGUUACGAUGCUUAUCCUGACCUACGUCGCUGAGAUCUGGAAAGAGCUCACUUUCACAGCCAUGAUAGGCCAGGUCUGGGCUCUGCCAUUCCUCAUCUACCUUACUGUGGCCAACACCGGAAACCUCAACCGAUGGGUACUGUGGAUUGUCACCACACUGCUUCUUAGUUAUCCCAAUGCCCACCCCAUCCAGGUCGGCUGGAACUCGCGAAACUCCAACACUGUGCGCUCACGAACCGUCUCGGCUGCCUGCUACAACAUGUUUGUGCAGUCUGGAGGUAUCAUCGCGUCGAACAUCUACCGCAAGGACGAUGCCCCUCUGUACCGCCGCGGUAACAGGCAGCUGCUCGCCAUUGUCUGCAUGAACAUUGUGCUGUACAUCCUGACCAAGGCGUACUAUGUCUUCCGCAACAAGCAGAAGGCUCGCAAGUGGGAUGCCAUGUCCGAGGACGAGAGACUGCACUACCUGGCCACCACCAAGGACAAGGGCAACAAGAGACUGGACUUCCGCUUUGAGCACUAA